GCGGGCAGGGCCGGAGAUCCCGCAGGACGUUCUAUUGUUCCCCGCGGCUCGUAACUCCGUACCAGGACCCGGCCAGGAGAGCCUUACAGCCCUCCAACUGGAGGCCCUAGGCCGCGGGGUAUCCAGUACCUAACCCCCAAAUCUCCUCACAGAUUCUGCUCUUCUUAAACACGCAAUUCGCAUGCUUCAAGGCCUAGUCUUUUUAUACAUGGGGUUAGCGGAUUCCCCGGGCGGCAGGACCACCUGAGCACCGGCCCCCGGGAUGACAAACAGCAGCUUCAGCCAGAUGUAACAUGAUGGGUGUGGACUUUGAUGUCAAGACAUUCUGCCAUAAUUUGAGGGCCACCAAACCCCCAUAUGAGUGCCCAGUAGAGACUUGUCGUAAGAUUUAUAAGAGCUACAGUGGCAUCGAGUACCACUUGUAUCACUAUGAUCAUGACAACCCACCACUACAGCCGCAUACCCCUAUCCGCAGAUCUAAAAAGAAAGGCCGCCAUCCCCGCUCUAACAAGCAGUCACCUACGCACUCAGAGGUUUCCCAGUCUCCAAACCGAGAGGUAAUGACUUAUGCCCAGGCUCAAAAGCUAGUUGAGGUGGAGCUGCAUGGUCGCGUGCAUCGUAUAAGCAUCUUUGACAACCUGGAUGUUGUUUCUGAAGAUGAUGAUGCGCCAGAAGAAGCCCCAGAAAACGGUAGCAACAAGGAAAACAAUGAAACUCCAGCAACCACUCCCAAGUCUGGCAAGCACAAGAACAAAGAGAAGAGAAAAGAUUCCAAUCAUCAUCAUCACCACAGUGCAUCUACAGGAACCACCCCAAAGCUUCCAGAAGUGAUCUACAGGGAACUAGAGCAGGAAACACCCGAUGCCCCUUCUCGUCCUACUUCCUAUUACAGGUACAUUGAGAAGUCUGCUGAGGAGCUUGAUGAAGAGGUGGAGUAUGACAUGGAUGAAGAGGAUUACAUCUGGCUUGACAUCAUGAACGAACGUAGAAAGGCGGAAAGUGUGAACUGUAUCCCCCAGGAGAUUUUUGAAUACUUAAUGGACAGGCUGGAGAAGGAGUCCUAUUUUGAGAGCCACAACAAAGGGGACCCCAAUGCCUUAAUUGAUGAGGAUGCUGUGUGCUGUAUUUGUAACGACGGAGAGUGUCAAAACAGCAAUGUUAUAUUAUUCUGUGACAUGUGCAAUCUGGCCGUACACCAGGAGUGCUACGGAGUCCCAUAUAUUCCAGAAGGCCAGUGGCUUUGUAGGAGGUGCCUUCAGUCACCAUCUAGAGCUGUUGAUUGUGCACUGUGCCCAAACAAGGGAGGGGCAUUUAAACAGACAGAUGAUGGAAGGUGGGCGCAUGUGGUUUGCGCUCUCUGGAUACCCGAGGUUUGCUUUGCCAAUACUGUGUUCUUGGAGCCUAUAGACAGCAUUGAACAUAUCCCACCAGCUCGCUGGAAGCUGACAUGCUAUAUUUGUAAACAGCGUGGCUCAGGAGCCUGCAUCCAGUGCCACAAAGCAAACUGUUACACAGCUUUCCAUGUUACGUGUGCUCAGCAGGCUGGACUAUACAUGAAAAUGGAACCUGUGAGAGAGACUGGUGCUAACGGCACCUCAUUUAGUGUACGAAAAACUGCAUACUGUGAUAUCCACACACCGCCUGGGUCUGUGUGCAAGCUCCCAGCCCUCUCCCAUAGUGAAGGGGAGGAGGAGGAUGAUGAGGAAGAAGAAGACGGGAAGGGACUAAGCUCUGAAAAAGUAAAAAAGGCAAAAGCCAAGUCAAGGAUAAAAAUGAAGAAAGCCAGGAAAAUUCUUGCUGAAAAAAGAGCAGCUGCCCCAGUGGUCUCUGUACCUUGCAUUCCUCCCCAUAGACUUAGUAAGAUCACAGAUUGCUUAACCAUCCAGAGAAAAAGCCAGUUCAUGCAGAGACUGCACAGCUACUGGACGUUAAAAAGGCAGUCACGCAAUGGUGUACCUCUCUUACGGCGCCUACAGACGCAUUUACAGUCACAAAGGAACUGUGAGCAGGACGUAAAGUGGAAGAUACCUAUACCUGAGGAUUCUCAACUUCACUUGGGAGCACUUGCCAACUCAAACGAAGAUAAUGGAGAUCAAAGUGUCAAGAAAGACUCAACGGAUAAGAACUGGAUUCUAAAGGAACAAUUAAAAUCAUGGCAAAGACUCCGACAUGAUUUGGAGCGAGCACGUUUGCUGGUAGAAUUAAUACGAAAAAGAGAGAAGCUCAAAAGAGAGACGAUAAAAAUCCAACAGUUGGCACUUGAGAUGCAGCUGACUCCUUUUCUCAUUCUCCUGAGAAAAACUCUGGAGCAGCUGCAGGAGAGAGAUACAAGUAAUUUGUUCAAUGAUCCAGUCCAUCACACUGAGGUAACAGAAAUCUACGAAGUAAGAACCCCCCUCACCCCACAAUUUAUGCAGCGUACUUCACAGCAUAAGGUACCUGACUAUCUAGAACAUAUUAAGAAACCAAUGGACUUUCAGACAAUGAAACGUAAUAUAGAUGCUUUCCGCUACCAAAACUUUGAUCAGUUUGAAGAAGAUUUCCACCUAAUUGUCAACAACUGCAUCAAAUUUAAUGGCAAGGACACCGGUUUUUACCGUGCUGCAGUGCGGCUCCGUGACCAAGGAACCAUAGUUCUCCGCCAGGCCCGUCGGCAGGCAGAAAAGAUUGGCAUUGACUUUGAGACAGGAAUGCACAUACCUCAAGUCUCUAUAGGGAAUGAGAUUGGUCGUCGCAGCCGAGCAAAUGAUUUUGAUCGCAAUCCUCAGUCUGACAACCGGAAGCACAUAUCUCUAGAGGAGCAACUGAAACUGCAACUAGCACGUCUAGAUGAGGUGAAUGCAAGCAAGCAGAAUAUUGGCCGAGCUCGGCGUGCCAAGAUGAUCCGAAAAGAGAUCACGUCAAUCCGUCGCAAAAUGGCCCAUCAGCAAGAAUCGAGAAGGGAGGGUGGCACUGACCGUCAUGGUUCAGCCGGGCGAGGAGCCCUACCUUUGCAUGGCCCUUCAGAGAAGGAUGGACAGACGGACAGUGCUGCAGAAGAGAGCAGCAGUCAGGAGACGGGGAAAGGACUUGGCCCAAACACAUCCUCCACCCCUGCACAUGAAGUUGGUAGAAGGACCUCAGUCCUUUUCUCCAAGAAGAAUCCAAAAACUGCAGGACCCCCAAAGAGACCAGGGAGGCCUCCUAAGAACAGGGACAACCAGCAGCCGCAGAUCAGCAGCCCUAUUGGACCCCCUCAGCUCUCUUUAAUGAGAGGGUCACAGAGACAGCACAAAAGAGGCAGGAGCCCUCGCCCAACUUCCAGCUCAGACAGUGAUAGUGACAGCGACAAGUCAGGAGAAGAACCAUCGCUUGGUUUACCUUCAAAUGGCUUCAGUAGCAGUAAUCAGCAAGUCAAAAAGAGUUUUUUAGUAUAUCGAAAUGACUGCAACCUUCCUCGAAGCAGCUCAGACUCUGAGUCAAGCACCAGCAGCAGCAGCAGUGCCGCUUCAGACAGGACCAGCACAACUCCUUCUAAACAAGGUCGGGGAAAGCCGUCCUUCUCUAGAGAGAACUACCAUGACUACAGCAGUGAGGACACGUCUGGAUCGGAAAAUGAGUCUUACUCCAUUAGUGGUCGAGUUGGGCAUAGCUUGGUGCGUAAAGGGCUUGUGGAACGAGGGGCCGGAUGGCUGUCUGAAGAUGAAGACUCCCCCCUUGAUACUUUAGACUUAGUGUGGGCCAAAUGUAGGGGUUAUCCCUCCUACCCAGCUUUGAUAAUUGAUCCAAAGAUGCCCCGUGAAGGUAUGUUUCACCAUGGUGUCCCAAUUCCUGUACCACCUGUAGAUGUUCUCAAGUUGGGAGAGCAGAUGACCCAAGAAGCACAAGAACAUCUCUACCUCGUUCUCUUUUUCGAUAAUAAGCGCACCUGGCAGUGGCUUCCACGGACAAAGCUGGUUCCUUUGGGUGUAAAUCGAGAGCUGGAUAAGGAAAAGAUGCUGGAAGGGAGAAAAUCAAAUAUCCGUAAAUCGGUUCAGAUCGCUUAUGACCGUGCCAUGCAACAUCAUAACAAAGUUCAGGGAGAGCAGAGCAGCGAAUCCAGCGAAAGUGAUUAGCAGUUGGUUCUCCAGAGCAGAUUUGUUAUUUAUAGGGCACACAAAGUGCCUUUUUCUGCUGCUGCUUACAACAGAGCCUUUAAUGGUCAGAAACUGCAGUGCAGUUGUAAAAGAUUAAAAAGGUAGUCUAAAACCACAGGUCAAACCUUAAAAUGCCUCAAGGUCUCAGGAGUGUUAGUAGCAGAUUAACACUCAUACAACAUUGGAGUGGUCAGUGACCUUUUUUGCAUCUUGUUUCAUGCUAGUAGGCAGCCUAUGAAGAGUUUAGUAGAAAUGUGGUACUAACCGUAAAGGGCAUGACCGGAUUUUGUUUUUCUUCUCCUUUGUCAGUGAUCAGGAAAAGCAGCAGGUGAAUUCCUCAAUUUAGUAUGGUUGCUGGUCAACCAUCAAUAGCCCACGGGCUAGCACUUUGAGUGUGUAAGUUCUACAGCCAUUGGAGUAUAACUCACAACUGCUGAGAGACCUGUUUUUCUGUGGAACCUGCUGGACGAACAUGUAAAAUAUAAAAAUCUGAUGCCAUCCCUUUUUAUGCCUGCUCUGUGAUCAUGAGUUUAUUUGUACAGACGAAACUCCUAACUAGUGUCUUUUAUUAUACAACUGUCUUAUGCCUGGUUAUCAUGAUAGGAAAGCAGAGAUAUCUCUGUCUUGUUCGUGUUGUUUUUUUUGUUUUGUUUUUAUAUAAUAAUGACUGUAAAUUUAUGUGUAUUAUGUAAAAAGGAACAUGAAAUCAUUGAAAACUUACAGGUAUCCCAGCCAUGCAGCAUAGUUGUAAUUUAACCUAUGGGUGAGAGUUCCUGGUAUUUUUACACAAAUGAAGGUAAACUGGAAAAAUUGGGAGUUUAUUUAUUCUAAAUUCAAAAGAAAAAAAUAUAAUCUAAAUCCUUAUAAAAGAGUUUAAUUUUAAAACUGCGUGAAAUAUAUGGAUCUUAAAAAUAUACACAUUUUAAAAAUAUAUAUAUAUAUAUUAUUCUAUUGCGAAAAAGUGACUUUAAAUUUUUUUAUGAAAUGGUUAUAUUGUAGUUCUUUGGAGCAAUGCUAGUAGCAAAGACAAAGUAAUUCCUUCCAUUUGAAAUUAAGGACAAGUGAUGAUAUUUAAAUCACCUGGUAAUUUGGAUAGAGAACCUAUGAAUGUCUAAUACCUGUCACCUAGAACUCUGGGACCAUAGGGUCUACCUUUGUCUUCUAAGUAUUGAUUGCAACAGGCUAUUUAUUGCUAGCAACUAGUGACCAGAUGAUGCUCUGGGGGAAAAAAACAUGAUCUCUUUAAAGUAUUACAGCACCAUAUUAUCUCUGCAGUUGAUAUGACUCUGGAUUCCUUAUUGGCCCCAGAGAGUGCAAAUCUAUUGAAAAGUAAAACAAUUUUCUAAAUGUUUAAAGGACAUUAAACACUAUGGGCCAGAUUAUGAGUGGCGUGCUGACAGUAACGCAUUAGUGAAAAGGGGUUUAUCGUGGAUAUUUGCAUGCGUCAGGUGUAGCGUUUGUAUUACAAGUUGAAAGCGAGUGCAAUUGCGAUUUACAAAAUAAAGUUAACCAGAGCUCUUGAGAGAGCUGUUAUCAGUUUCCCGAAACAAAAAAGUGUCACAAAGCAUCAAAAAUAAAUUACAACGUACAUUUGCACUCAAAACUAAUACUUUUUUUUUUUUUUUUUUAAUUGCACCAAAAAGUUAUAAGGACUCAAAGAUAUGAGGUCUCAGGUGUUAGAAAAAAAAGUCAGGACAAGGGCUUUAACACUGAGAUACAUACAUAUACAUGUCUAAAUAUGUAUGUGUGUGUGUAUAUAUAUAUAUAUAUAUAUAUUUGUGUGUGUACAUAUGUAUUUAUAUGUGUAUAUAAAUAUAUAUGUGUGUGUAUGUGCAUUAAUUUGGAGCCCUUUGAAGUCAAGUAGAUGAAAACAUGUAAAAACAUAUUUAUGCAAGUGUUAUGUAUUUACUGUAAAUAUUUCACAUUCCAAUGUUCUGCACAUAUCAGAAUAUGUUCUUUGUAUUUUUAAAUAUAUAUUCAUAUAUAUAUAUAUAUAUAUAUAUAUAUCUAUACCUACAGUGUGUGUGUGUAUAUGUAUGUGUGUGUAUGUAUAUAUAUAUAUUAUCAAAAUACAUAAAAUAUGUAUUUAUGAAUAAAUAGAACAUAUUCUGCUAUGUGAAGAACAUGUCGGGUUAGCGUGUAAGUAGGGUGUUAAGUUUCACCAUCCCACCCCCACACACUUUUUCUGCUCCAUUGACGUCUAUUGGGAAAUAUGUUAACACAAUCACAAUAUUCUGUUUUUGCACGCAUCAGAUUAGUGCGCAAACAAAAAACGUUUUACUUUCUACUUACAUUACAAGCGCUACCUGACCCAUGUAAAAAGCUUACUUCUAGCACAGUUAGUCAGAGAGUGUUAAGUACCGCUCCACUUGUAAUGUGGCCCUAAAUACAUUUUAUAAUCUCAUUACCCUUUACCUCCCUCUAUGCAAUAUUUAAAUCUUGCUUUUAUUGUAUUCCAGUGCUGGUGUGUGCACAUGUGCAGAAUCUCUCCUUCAGAUACCUGCAGUGUAACAGGUUCCAAAAUGGCAGCACCUAUUAUUAGAGGGAGUAAAAAUGCUCACAUCCAAUUAAUUUAUAGAAAAUGUAAUGAGAGGAUGAUCUAUAAGAUUUAAAAAUCUAUAUGUAGAUGCACAGACCCAGGCAUCAUCUUUUACUGCAAACCGUUCAUCAGUUACAUUUCCUGUUUUGAUACCUGAUAUACAUGAUUUUCAUGAAGGCCGCUGAUGGUUACUGUAAGGCUGUACUCCUAUGGAGUAAAUGUAAUUAUGCACUACAUGAAGAUAACUGUAGUUAAUAUAUCUGUAUAAUCAUUUAUGAAAUGGUAAAAUACCAUGUUAUGGCUCCUUAAAAACAUCUGAUUAAAGCACGGAAGAGCACAAUAAACCAUGUCAUUUCAUCCUGCAGCAGCAAUCUGUAGAAAAAACAAACAAAAAAAGAGUUAAAUUGACAUUAAACUUUUAACAAAAAAAUACAUUUUAUAUCAUUCGUAUAAGACAGUGAUUUUUAAACAUGUUAAAUAUGUUUUGCUGACAAUGGUAACUUUUAACAGUUUAUUUUGAUUUCAAACUAACAGGCAUUGCACAAAUGAUCUGUGGGAUAGAAGUCCAUUGGCUUCCCACAGUUCUGUUGGUGGACAGUAACCUGCAAGCAUCAUUUUUUUAUUUAUUUUUUGGCAUAGAAAGAUCCAUAUUUUUAUUUAUGAUUUAUUUUAAUAUCCUCUUUUAUAUGCAACAAAGGGACAUCAAAUUAAAUAUUCUAAUGUACCAGGGCAUUUUAUUAUUGCACUAGUGCUUGCAUAUAACUGUGAGUUAAACACAUAGCAAAAGUCAGCUCCAUAGCAGCAAUGCACUACUAGGACCUAUCUGAACACAUCCGGUGAGCCAGUGGCAAGAGGCAUAUGUGUGUAGUCACCAAUAAGCAGCUAGAUUCCAGUAGUGCAUUGCUGCUCCAGAGCCAAUAUACGUAUGUUUUUUGAUAAAGGAUACCAAGAGAACAAAGUAAAGGGUCGGUAAAUCCUUUAGAAAAAGCUUAUCAAAUAAUGUAUCUGCAAAGAAUCCCAUAGACUGAAAUUUUGUAGAAAAUCAUUACAUAAACGUUUCUAAAGGAUUGCAAUCGUCACAAAUAUUUUUAGUGUGUAUGUGUAUAUAUAUAUAUAUAUAUAUAUAUAUAUAUAUAUAUGUAUGUAUAUGUAUGUAUAUAUGUCUUAAAACUGCAUACUCUAUCUGAACAAUGAAAGAUUUUUAUUUUCCUGUCCCUUUAAUGUCCUUUUAAAUGUUUUGUUUGACACCUUUUAAUAGGUGGUAUCCCCAUACCCCACCACACAUCAUAAAUCAUUGCAAUUCUUUUUUAAACUGUUAUAAACUUGAAAAUUUACAAUUUCAAGUUGCAAAACGCUACCAAGAAGAGCCAAGUGUUUUAUCCCACAUUUUGGCACUGAAUUAUUUGUAGAUUUUAAACAGCAAAAAAAGAUUGCAACCAACUAUUACACAAUAAAAACGUGUUUAAUCAGCACAAAUGUAUCUGCUUCUGGAACACAUUUGCAUAUUAUACAUUUCAUUAACCGCCUUGAGGCAGGAGUGGGAAUUAUUUUUUUUAUUUUAUUUUUGUAUUAUUUUUUUUUGCUGCUCAGAUUAAUCUUGUUCUGUUCAGACAUUUGUAACACCACUUCCGGAUUUUUUACAAAAAACUGAACAGUCCACAUGUUCUGACGCAGGAUUUUAUUUUUAAGUCCGCACAAUACCUGGGUGCUAUUCUUUUUUUGUAAAUUUGAGAGCACACUCCAAUUGGUCUUUUGUCAAAUCCCAAGCAAUUUUGAUUUCUCAAAUCACACCCUUUUGCUGCUGCUUUUAGCAUGCUUGCUUAGUUCCUUCUCAAAUAUAGCAUGUCUGUAAAUAAUGUAUAUAAAAAGAGAAUUUAAAUUAUUCUCCUUUUGUGAAUUUUUUUUGUUGUUGGGGGGGGAACAGGUAAGGGGAUGGUAACGUAUAGCUUCUUAUCAUGACACUUUUUACAAUAGAACUAGCAAGAACAUUACAUAUUUGUAAUACAGAUAUUAUGUAAUAAUUUGAUAAUUUUAGACUGUCCAGUAGACUUUCUUUUUAUGUUUUUGUCAUUUUUUUAUCAUUAUUUGAGUCUUAUUGCAUAUUUCUGUUUUGUAUUUAUUUCAGAAGGAAAAUAUAUUGUUCUUAGAAAAUAAAAUAUAAAGAAUCGCUGUUUUA